AUGGAAAGAAACCCAACGGAGGGUGCGGGGUGUGCCCUGGUGGCGCCGGCCGCGCGUGUGCGCGGGGGUGUGCACCGCCGUGCACGGGACCUGAAUCUCCAGAUAGUGGAAAGCCGAGAUCCCCGGCCUUUCCUGAAGCGGCUGGCUCGGCCUCGGCCUCGCAGAAGUGCACCUAAAGGCCGGAGAGCAAGGGCUCGCAGAGCGAUCGCUGCCCACUAUGAAGUUCACCCACGAGCGGGACAGGACGGAGCGCAGGCCGGUGUGGACGGGACGGUGAGUGGCUGGGAGGAGGCCAAAAUCAACAGCUCCAACCCCCUGCGCUAUGACCGCCAGAGCGGGGACUUCACAGUCACUCGGGCUGGCCUCUACUACCUGUAUUGUCAGGUGCACUUUGACGAGGGGAAGGCUGUCUACCUGAAGCUGGAUUUGCUGGUGGACGAUGCGCUGGCCCUGCGCUGCCUGGAAGAGUUCUCGGCCACGGCCGCCAGCUCCCCGGGGUCCCAGGUCCGCCUCUGCCACGUGUCUGGGCUGCUGCCCCUCCGGCCAGGGUCCUCCCUGCGGAUCCGCACCCUCCCCUGGGCCCAUCUCAAGGCUGCCCCCUUCCUCACCUACUUCGGACUCUUCCAGGUUCACUAAGGGGCCCCGGUGGCGCCCCAGACCUGCCCCCCACCCCCAGCAGGGCUGCUUGGACUGGUCACGUGUCCCCAUGCCACACAGAUACCCCCUUCUCCUCUGACAGCCACACCUCACUAGCUCCUGAUGCCUGGUCUUUUGACGCCCCCCCCCCCUCCCCCAGGCCUUUUCUCCUGGCUCCCUGCCCUGGCCGAAAGCCCCCCACCCCCUCCAUCCCCGGACACUGUGUCUACUCUGCUCUGGGUGAGGAUGGGUCCCCACCGCCUCUUCAGGCACUAAGAGGGGCUGACGCCAGGGAGACAGAUGAGGCGGGGCGUUCCAAACGUGAGGGCUGAGAGCGAGACGGUCUCCUUCCCAAGAAUUCCCUGUGGAUUUUUAAAACAGAUAUUAUUUUUAUUAUUAUUGUGACAAAAUGUUGAUAACUGAAUAUUAAAGAGAAUAAGCCAUGGUC